AUGCCCAGCUUGGACUUACCAUCGUUGUCAAGUACUGGAGAGACCUACACCACACCCUCAGUGACGGUUCCACCCAACGAUAAUAACCCUUAUAUUUUGACCACUUCCAACGUUAACGGAACCGUAUUCAUAGCCGUGGGGUCUAUAGUUGGUGCCAUGCUUUUGGCCUUCAUCUUAUAUCACCUUAUCCGGUCAAUAACAGCAUCCCGAAAUGCCAAGAAGGCUCUUCUUGAUGAUAAGCAAACGUAUGAAAAGUAUCAAAACAACAACUCCACCGCAUACGGAUUGAGUCCCCUGACGACAUUAAACUUCUUUGGUGAUACUCGGAACUCGCAGGUAGGUAAAUUACCGUUGUUGCUGCACCACGCCACAAAAUCGUUUUCUGAUAUGAACGGGGGAUACAUUGACUCUCAGCUUGGAGACACCUCCACUUUAUAUCAGUCUGAAGUGGGAAUGCCAACGGUUAAGAAUGAUGUUACAAAGAUGUUCAUUUCACCUACUGCUGAGGUAAUGUCACACAACCGAGUCAAGUCCCAAAUUUUUGGAUCCAACACAAACCUCUUCAACAACCUGAUGUCCAACAUGUCCAACACUCCCGACCAAACCCAACAUUCCACCAUCCCCAACUUAUAUAUCAGCAACGACAACACCAACAGUGAAUAUUCCUUGAGCACAAACACAAACAGCCACACCAAUAAUCACUAUCCGAUUCAGAGAGAUAUGCUGAAACAAGAUAUUCCAGAACACUUGCAGCGAAUGGCUGCCAACUCGAGUUCACAGAAUACCUUGAACGUCAAGCCUAAUCGGAAGACCAUUCCUAGUAUGUACUUGGAAGACUUGAUUGAUGAGUAG